GCGACCGGGGGAGCUGAAACUUUGUAAUCCGAGCGCGCACGCUCUGCGCUCCUCCCUGCCAGGGCGGCCCCCGAGCGCGGCGCAGGAGGUGGGGCCCGCGGGCGGGAAGGCUCGGGCGCCAGCGCACGCGGAGCGGGGACCCAGCGGAGCACACGGGCGCACCGGGGGAGCCGCGGGGGAACCGGGCGCGCGUUCCGGGAGCCGAGGAAGCGGUCCCAGGCGGGGAGAGUCCCGGGCCGAACUGAGGCCAGGAGUCUGGGGUCGCAGCUCUGCGCGCCCGCAACUGCCGUCGCCCAGGAGCCGCAGCUGUGCCCGGGGUCCCGGCGGCGGCCUCGGGGAAAGGAGGAAAGCUGCAGCUGGACUGUGGCAGCUGGAGGAGGAGCCGCGCAGCUGUCCCCUGUGCUGGCAACCGGACCGCUCUCCCCCGGCUGAGCCGCGCCGGGAUGACCCGCUGACCGCUGCCAUGCAGCCUUGACGGGGCGCUCUGGAGCGCAGGGACCGAGCCGCGGCGCAGGCAGCAGUUUACCGCUGACCCCGCUAACCCGGCGGGCAGCGAAUCCUGUACCAUGGAGCCCGUGACCAAGUGGAGCCCCAAACAAGUGGUCGACUGGACGAGAGGGUUAGAUGACUGCCUGCAGCCGUAUGUCCACAAGUUUGAGCGGGAGAAGAUAGAUGGGGAGCAGCUGCUGCGGAUCUCCCAUCAGGAUCUUGAAGAGCUGGGGGUCACACGAAUCGGACACCAGGAGCUGGUGUUGGAGGCUGUGGACCUUCUCUGUGCACUGAAUUAUGGCCUUGAAACUGAUAAUAUGAAGAACUUGGUUCUGAAACUGCGAGCAUCUUCCCACAACUUACAGAAUUAUAUAAGUAGCCGGCGGAAGAGUCCAGCUUACGAUGGGAGCACUUCACACAAGCCCCCCAACGAGUUCCUGACGUCCGUGGUGGAGCUCAUUGGAGCUGCCAAGGCCCUGCUAGCCUGGCUGGACCGGGCUCCGUUUACAGGGAUCACUGAUUUCUCGGUAACAAAGAACAAGAUCAUUCAGCUUUGCUUGGACCUGACCACGACCGUGCAGAAGGAUUGCCCUGUGGCAGAGAUGGAGGAUAGAGUUUUAACUGUAGUCAAGGUUUUAAAUGGCAUCUGUGACAAAACAAUCCGCUCCACCACAGAUCCUGUUAUGAGCCAGUGUGCGUGCCUCGAGGAAGUUCACUUACCAAACAUUAAACCUGGGGAAGGCCUGGGCAUGUACAUCAAGUCGACCUACGAUGGAUUGCACGUGAUUACUGGAACCACAGAAAAUUCUCCUGCAGACAGAUCGCAGAAGAUUCAUGCUGGGGAUGAAGUCAUUCAGGUUAACCGGCAGACUGUGGUGGGAUGGCAGCUAAAAAAUCUGGUGAGGAAACUGAGAGAGAAUCCCACCGGAGUCGUGUUGCUGCUUAAGAAGAGGCCCACGGGUUGUUUUAACUUCACGCCGGCCCCCCUGAAGAACCUGCGCUGGAAGCCGCCUCUUGUGCAGACCUCGCCCCCUCCCACCACGACCCAGUCCCCCGAAAGCACCAUGGAUGCCUCGCUGAAGAAGGAGAAGCCAGCCAUCCUGGAUCUGUACAUUCCUCCUCCGCCUGCUGUUCCCUACUCUCCUCGGGAUACCUAUGGAGGAUUCAGUAAGUGUAAACAGCCGUUGCCUGGCCCGAAGGGUUCGGAGUCCCCAAAUUCCUUCUUGGACCAGGAGAGCCGGAGACGAAGAUUUACCAUUGCUGACUCUGAUCAGUUGCCUGGGUACUCAGUGGAAACCAACGUUCUGCCCACAAAACUGAGAGAGAAAACACCGUCUUAUGGCAAGCCCCGGCCUUUGUCCAUGCCCGCGGACGGGAACUGGAUGGGGAUCGUGGACCCUUUUGCCAGACCUCGAGGUCAUGGGAGGAAAGGGGAAGACGCACUCUGCAGGUAUUUCAGCAACGAGCGGAUUCCCCCCAUCAUCGAGGAGAGCGCCCCUCCCCAGUACCGCUUCUCCAGACCCACGGCCGAGCGGCACCUGGUGCGGGGCGCAGACUACAUCCGAGGGAGCAGGUGCCACAUCAACUCAGAUCUCCACAGCAGCGCCACCAUUGCGUUCCAGGAGGGGACCAAGAAGAAAUCUGCCUCUUCGGGGAAGUCCUCCUCCGCAGAGCAGUCCCUGCUGGUCAGCUGGCUCACCCGCCUGAAGCUAUUGACUCCCUGAGGGCUGCCCUGGAGGGACCCCUGCCUGUCUCCUGCUACCAAGUGCCUCCUUCCUCAGUGGACAGACUCUUGGGACUUCAUCCACAGUGUUAUGUAGUGACCCUGCGUGAUUUCACUUCCUGUUUUGGAAAGUCGAAUGCUGCCUUUCUCGGAAUUGGAUGGCAGCAGAUGCAGAGGACCUUAGGUGCUGCUGGUGGAGGCGGAAGGAGGGAUGGGGAGGGUCUGCUUUUCCUCCAGUCCCCAGCAUUGGAACCCGGAGUGGCCCUGUAAAUCCACAUGUGGGCCAGAAGGUUCUGGUCAUUGUCAGGAACUGGCGACGUUGUUUGUUGUUUUCUCGGGUGGGGGGACUGAAACUGAUGGCUCUUGUCACACUGACGUGUUGGUUGCUGGUCCACCUUCUUUACCUGAAAAAGCCAGUGGAGAACACAUUUUUGUUUUGAUUUUUUUAAAGCUAUAUACCAUAUUUUAAGUGCAGCAGCUUCGCCGUUGGCAUUGGCAGGCGUGUGCGGGGCUCUUCAGAGCAGAGUUCACAUGUGGGCCUGUGACCCUCGGUUAACCCCCUUUCAUAGCAACCUCAGUCUAGGUCAGUUAGUUCAGAAACACGAGCACAUUUCCACAGGGCUCAUUCCACACCGAGAAGGACUUGGUCAUUUGUGAGAGGUGUGGUCCGUGUUGUCACGUAUCGUCUUUUGGGGAAAAGAAGCUAUAAGAUUUGCUGAAAGCCAAAGUCUCAUUCAGGAAGGUAAAGCAAGAUUUAGGUUUAUGAGAGCUACAUCAGUUUGCAUUUUGACCUAUUCAAUGUCUGUCUUUGGUUUUUGAUUUUAAGUGAAUUAUGAAAAUUCUUCUGUUGGUAAAACAACCUCCAGUUCUUUCAAAACCGCAUACAUUUUGAUAAUUAGAAAUAUCUCGGAAAGCCUCAAGGUCACUAAUUUUCAACUAGCAUCAGGUAUUUUGAAAAGGCAUCUGGGUAUUAACGCUCAUUUAAACUGAAUGUAUGAUAUUUUGUUAGAAUGGAAAAGUACUAUCUUGUUAAUUUAAGUGUUUUAAAUAUAGUUGUAUAUUUUUCUUACUCCUAGUCACCUGUAAUUGAAAUAUUUCUGUCCUGCGUCAUACCUGAAGCUAAUGAAGAAGAGCGUUCACGGUCCUUUCUCAUCUACUUGGGACCGACCACCUUUGCUGCCACCAGCGUGGGCACUCAUAUUGAAAAAUGCAAUAAACCCUCCUAAGCAUUUGGGGGUUUUACCAAUUAGCAACGGGGCCGCAGAGGCAUGUGCAGAGUGAAAUUAGAACGGGAAUCUUCCCAGGGGCUCUAGCAGAGCUGGUAUUCCUACUCCAGACGGCCUCCUCACAUCCCUGGAAUUGUUUAUUUUGCUGAACUGCCUGAAGGUCCAUCCGUGAGAGACUCAGUGGAGUUGGUGAACCUCUUCUCUGUAGAAGGCCUCUGAUGGGUAAGGGAACUGGUAGCCACUCCCCAGUUAGUGUGACUGGAUUCACGCAGGCUGUCCACCUCCCCGGGACCCACGGAGGCUGUGCACCCUCCCAGGGAUAGGAGAGAGGCUGGAGGGUGUGACUGGGCGAGUGUGCGCGUGGGUGUGAGGGCAGUGUGUGUGGACAGGCACUGGCCAGGAGGGAGCGGCCUCAGAGGAGAGCCGGGCAGGUCUUGCCCGUCUGCUGUCCCCUGAGCUGGCCGUGGGUGCAGUACGGUGACUGCGCUUCCUUUCACUCCCUGGAUUUAGGGGAGGGUUCUUAGUGUUGUAGUUCUAAAAGCUUUGGAGGGGCCGGGCAUGGUGGUGCACACCUGUAAUCCCAGCUGCUCAGGAGGCCAGGGCAAGAGGAUUGUGAGUUCAAAGCCAGCCUCAGCAACUUAGUGAGGCCCUGUCUUUAAAUUAAAAAAAGAAGAAGAAAGAAAGGUGGGGGUUUGGUAUGUGGUUCAGUGGUUAAGCACCCUUGGGUUCAAUCCCAGUUGCCAAAAAAUAAAAAAGCCUUGGAGGUAUUAACUGGCAGGGUAGCCCUUUUCUGUGGAGAAGAUGCCACUUGUGCAUUGGAUGACCAUCCUCAGAAUGACUUUUCAGAACCAGUCUUCACUAUAUGCAGUGCCUGACUUAAACUACCGUACCAGAUUCGCACUUCUGCAGCCAGGGGGAAGGCCAAAGAAGGUUCCGGCUUCCUCUGCUUUCAGUCAGCCUCUGCAAUUUUGUUUUUGUUUGUACUUUUAUCUGGAGAUGUCUUCUAAAUUGUGUUUGAAAAAUAUAUUGCUGCUAAAAAAAAAAUCGUAAACCUCUCCUUUUGCAAUAUAUCAAACAGUAGUUCAUAUGAAUUUCUUAGAACUGAAUGGAAACUGCUGGCCUUAGUCCAGUGUCAUGGUGGACGUGUGUCAACAUGAAGAGAUGUAGGAUGUCAGUAGUUGAAAGCAGCGCUCUGAGCCCCACCUGACACCCACACCGUUUUGUAAUAAAAGUUUUAUAACAUCACUUUACAAUCAUGGCGUGAAAAUCAUGGGUGAUGAAAUACAUUCAGACAAAGGCAUCGCAUCUCUUUCUGUUCUGAAACGAACUGAUUAACAAGUU